AUGUCAGAAUACAAUCUAGUAGAUUUAAGAAAAGCGCAAGAGCUGGACCUGAAAAGAAGUAGAGUAGAAAUGUUAAGCGAAUUGGGUGAAUUGGAUGGAUUAAAAACUCGAUACCUAGAAGACUUGAAUGAAACUUAUGAAUUUAGAGAAGCCCUAGCUUUAUAUGUCGAGCCACGGGGGAAGUGGAAUGUGCCAAUUAUCAAGUCAUCAGCUGGUAAAGAAGAAAUGGGUAACGAAGUAAAAGAAGAUGAAGAUAUAGAAAAAGUAGUUAUGGAUUUUUUGACCUCAAGGGAUAAACUUACUUCAGAUGAUAAGAAGAAUCUGGAGAAAGCAGCCAAUAAAUUCUUUGAUUCAAAAGAAAUAAAGCCGCUAAUUGAGACAGUUAAUAGCUUUUUUGUACAGGAGAAUCAAUUAACUUUAGAGGAUAUAAAUAUACUGAAGGUCGCGGCUAAUCAAUUUCUGGCUUUAAAGGAUCAGAAGGCUUUGAAGAUUUUGGAGAUGGCGAUAAAUGAGUUUUUAGAGUCAUCAGGAGAUGAGAGAGUAUUGAAGAAUACAAUACGUAAUUUUUUAGAAAGCCCACUGGUUUUAGAAAAUAAAUUGUCUUUGAGAGGUAAAUUAGAGUUAGGAAAUCAAAUAACUAAAGAGGAUGUGAUAGCUUUGGAAAAGGCUUCAAAAGAUAAAAAAAUUGAUGAAAUAACUGCUAAUAGACUACCAAAUUCAAAAGCUAAAGAAAAUUUUGAAAUAACUGCUAGUAGACUACUAAAUUCAAAAGCUAAAGAAAUUUUGGAGGCAGCAGUAAAUCACCUCCUAACCUUGAAACGUAAAAAAGUGCUGCUGAUAUUAGGCGGCGGGGGGACGGGAAAAUCGACAUUUAACCGCUACCUUGCUCGUAAUCUAUGGGAAGAAUUUGAUAAACAAAAAAUGACGCAAUCACUACCUAUUCCUUUAUUUAUUGCGCUAGCGCCACUAGAAGAGCUGAUAAAUCAAAAUCGGGAUUUUAUUGAAGCUUAUUUACAGAAAGAGGGCAAACUAUCCACAGAUCAAAUUGAUAGCUUACGGGAAAGGAAGUUUGUAUUUAUUUUAGAUGGUUAUGAUGAGAUUGCUGAACGUGAACGUAAUUGCUAUAACAGCAAUAUGUUUUCUAAAUGGAAAAAUGCGAAGAUUAUCAUCAGCUGUCGACCAGAAUAUUUAGGUAAUGAUUAUGAAAAAAAGUUCUGGCCUAAAGAAAACGAAGGAAGAGGGUUCCAGGAAUUGACAAUUACACCAUUUUCGCAGGCUGAAAUAGAAAAAUAUAUCAGAAAAUAUGUUGUUUAUUCUCAGAAAAAUGGUAUUCCAUUAACGUGGGAUGCAGAAACAUAUAUACAACAAAUAAAGAAUAUGCAGCAGGUACAAGAUCUUGUAACUAAUCCUAUUCUAUUAAAAAUAGCUUUGGAUGUUUUACCAAACUUAAUUCUUGGAGAAAAAGAAACCUCUCAGAUAAAUCGUAUAGUUUUGUAUGACGAAUUUAUUAAGAAAUGGUUUGAACGUGCUCAAAAACGCUUGUCAAACAUUCAAUUAAAGGAGAAAGAACGAGAUGAAUUUACACGCUUGGAUGAGGAAGGUUUUUAUAAAUAUUGUCUACGAUUUGGUAAAAAAUUUGCUGCAAAGAUGUUUGAAGACAAUAACAAAGUAGUUGUAAAUUAUGAUCCAGUAAGUGAGGAAGAAGACGCAACCAAUUGGGAGAAAUUUUUAGGAAAUAAAGAUGUGGAAAUUCGUUUGUUGCGCUUUAGCAUGCCAUUAAUUCGACGUGGAGAUCAAUAUUGGUUUUUCCAUAAAUCAUUACGAGAUUAUUUGAUUGCUUGUGCGUUGUUAGAUUCAUCUAAAAAUACGUCAGAAACAACACUCUUCAACAAGCAAUCGAUUAUGCCUGAACCUGCAAUACAGCAAUUUAUGGUUGAACGAAUUCAACAAAAGCCAGAGCUCGAACAACAGAUGUUAAAGUUUAUUGAAUGCUCGAAAAAGGAUGCAAAGAUUCAAAUUGCAUCCGUUAAUGCCAUUACAAUUAUUAUGCUUGCCAAAAUACCACUUCCGCCAGAUUUAAACGAUAUUCGUGUCCCAGGGGCGAAUUUGAGCAAUGGAGUUUUUAAUAAUUCACAACUUGUAAGAGCUAAUUUAAGUAAUGUAAAUUUUCAAAAUGCAAAACUUCAAAAUGUGAAUCUCGAGGGUGCGUCCCUUCAAAAUGCGAACCUUAAGGGUGCAGAUCUCACUGGUGCAAAUCUACGGUAUUCAAAUCUUCAAGGUGCAAAUUUUCAUGACUCUUAUCUCAAAAAUGUAAAUUUUGAAGGCGUAAUUCUCCGAGUUCAAGAUUUCCGAGGAUUUGACCUCCGAAAUACAGAUUUUUGUGGUAUAUAUUUUUGA